CUAGCGAGUGGAUGCAAGGACGAGUGCGCUGUUGCUCUCUGUGCUCUCGGAAACAGUGACUGUCUAGAAAGAUUUUAGUUAUUUUCGAACAUACAAGUGCGUAUGUCGUGACCUGAAAUGUCGCUGGGAGAGACUUUAAUUAAAUACACGGUUGCACUAAUCAGUGGUUUUCUUAUCAGUAUAGUUUUAACCAUUGGUUAUAUCACCAAACGUUCCGAAUUUAAAGUGAAGAAGAGGAAUACUCCACCAAAAGUCCUCACGGACUCUUCGCUCUGGAAGCAUGGAUAUCUGUCCCUCAAGGGCAUCAAAAUUCACUACGUUGAAAAAGGAGACCCAACGAAACCAUUAAUGCUGUUUCUCCAUGGAUAUCCUGAAUUUUGGUAUUCAUGGCGAUAUCAGUUGAAAGAACUUUCAAGCGAUUAUUGGACUGUUGCAAUAGACAUGCGUGGUUAUGGAGACUCGGAGAAACCUCCCGGAGUAGAAAACUACGCCAUGGAUAUUCUUGUUAAUGACGUCAAGCAGGUCGUUGAAGCUUUGGGUCGUCAGAAAUUCAUCCUGGUUGCCCAUGACUGGGGAGGCGCCAUUGCGUGGAACUUUAUACUCAAGCAUCAUGAUAUGUUGGAGAGUUACAUUAUCAUGAAUUCUCCCUACACGCCGACAUUUUUUCAAGUUGUGCUAUCCAAUAAGAAGCAGUUCUUCAUGUCUUGGUAUCUAUUCUUCUACAUGCUGCCAUACCUGCCUGAAAUAGCAAUUGCAGCUUUUGACUUCAUCGCCUUUGCAAAAGUUCUCAGACGGCGAAAACCUAAAGAGAUUUCACCUGUCACCGAUGAAGAUAUUGAGGCAUAUAAAUACACGUUCAGCCAGCCAGGUGCAUUAACACCUCCUAUCAACUACUAUCGACACAUGAUGAAGACGGCAAGCACCGCCCAAAGUUCGAAGAAUAUAAUUGAUAUUGACGCGCCUGGACUUUUCUUAUUUGGUGACCUUGACGAUUAUCUAAUACUCGAACACGUGACAGUGGUUAAGAAGUAUGUGAAGAACAUAGAAGUGAGGACUGUAAAGGGAGCCAACCAUUUUGUUCAGCAAGAUGAUCCUGUUUCGGUGAACAAACACAUCAGAGAAUUUCUGAGAAGCAGCCAGUAAGAAAACAAGAGAUUUGAAUGAUUUAAAU